UGCAUUGUCAUCCAAACUAAACCUGUAUACAAGAUUUCAGCUCAAUCGGUUGAAGAUAUCUACUUCAAAAUCGAGUUCAAAGAUUCCACCCGAACUAACAUACAUACAUCCAUGCAUUGCAAGUUAAAAAUAAAAGCCAGAAACAAAAAUGUUGGUGUUGUGCUUUUGGUGGUAAUUUCAUGCCGAAAACUCCAAAAGCAACGUGAGAAAAUCUGCAAGACCAUCUACAGCAGCUUCCUCACGUUAACCGAGUGCUACGAGUCCUUCGAUCUCGCUCGAAACCGGUCCUGGGAUGACGAGGACCCGCUCAACCUGUUCGGCUCUGUCGAAUGGACCGCCGGCGGAUUCAGAGGGACUAACAGCACGAGCGACGUGAACGGCAGUGCCUCCGCCACCGGGUCCAGUAACCUAGACGAGGGUCCCACGCAGGUGCUACCGCCGUUCAGCCUGUGGCAGACGAUCCUCAUAGCGAUCAGUUUGGGGAUUUGUAUCAUAUUGACGGUGGCGGGCAAUAUUUUGGUGCUCCUUGCUUUUAUUGUCGACAGGAACAUCAGGCAGCCUAGUAACUACUUCAUCGCUUCUCUAGCUGCCACCGAUAUGCUCAUUGGGACGGUUUCCAUGCCUUUCUACACAGUUUACGUUCUGAUGGGUUAUUGGAACCUAGGCCCGCUGCUCUGCGAUCUCUGGCUGUCUGUGGACUACACGGUCUGUCUGGUGUCCCAGUACACGGUCCUGCUGAUCACCAUCGACAGGUUCUGCUCGGUGAAGAUAGCUGCGAAAUACCGCAGCUGGAGGACGAAGCAAAGAGUCAUCUGGAUGGUGACGAUAACUUGGAUCAUUCCAGCGCUGCUGUUUUUCAUCAGCAUUUUCGGGUGGGAGCACUUUACGGGAUACAGGGACCUGCAGCCUGGAGAGUGUGCUGUGCAGUUUUUGAAGGAGCCGGUUUUCAAUACAGCGCUCAUUAUCUGCUACUAUUGGACCACUCUGAUAGUUCUAUUCAUCCUCUAUGGAGGCAUCUACAAAACGGCCUUCGACAUGCAGAAAAAAAGCGAAGCGAAACAGCGCAAGAUGCAAUCCAUGGUGGCCCUGAGCGCAGGCGCCAUGAGCGGCAUGGCCGGCCGAGCAGCGGGCUUCGGCCUCUCGAAGGCGGCGGAGAGCGCUACCGAUCCGCCGCCGAAGAUGCCCGACGCCGCGGUGGUGGACGAGCGUCGAACGCAGGCGCACGAGCAUGCGCACGAACAUGCGCAGACGCUGGCUGCGCCGUGCCAAGCGGACUCGAACUCGAGUGCCGGGUCCGGUAGCAAUACUACCACGACCACCACUACCACUACGGCUAGCUGUGAGAAGAGGAACUUGGGCAAAAAUAAUGCAGGUCUCUGCCCGCCAAAGACUAAGAAACUAACGCCAGAGUUGGAGAGGGCGGAAAGGUCAAGCAGUCCGGCUUUCGAAUCGGAUGAAGAUAGCACCGCUCCGGUGCAGGAAAACAAGAAACCGCAGGACAAAUCCCAGAACUCGAUAGCUGCGAACAAGAGAACGUCGAUAGUUGGGAUAGUGAUGCAAUCGAGUGCCCCGUUGCAGGUCUUCAACGCCAAGGUCAACGGGGAUGCUGUGACGACUAGAGAUCAUAUACCAGUAACUACUAACAAACCAGUAACAGAGAAGCCAACCCUACUGAAGAUACCAGAGAAGGCACUUGCAGAUCCAUCGAAACCCGCCAGCACGGUAGGUGGUAACUACCCUCGCCAAGACCCGCCCGCCAUUGUAAAUAGUAAAAGUUGUGAUAGUACCCUCCAACCCCCUGUAGAUAGCGCCACCAAAAAACCCGCCAGCUUGAAACUCAAAACCACCCAAUCGACCUACGACCUCCUGCUAGGCCUUGACGGGGCAGACUUGCGAUUCAUGGACGAAAGUUCAGUAGUUAUCCCCUCCCCCACCUUAGAGCACAGUGCGCAUAACUCCCCGAAUAUGACACAGGGCGAGCAGAAGCGGCUGCACACGGAGGUGACGAUCUGCUCCAAUCGCCCGAUAACUUCCAUCAUCAGCGAACCGGAUAGAGGCGGAGGGGAUAUGCUGGAGGCUAGCAGUCCUGGAGGAGGUAUAUCUGCCAUCAGCCAGACAGGUAACAGUGCCCCCUAUCCCGCUAAUGCCGCUUGUAGCAACAAUAAAAAGAGAUUUUGUGUGGCAGAUUCCGUGGACAAUCCGAAGCGGGUGUUCGUCAAGUCGAUUGGGAAAAAGUUGAAGGCUAAGAAGAAGACGAUUGGGCCUCUCGGUUUCGGUAGCAGACAGAAGUCGAAAUCGGAGAACAGAGCGAGGAAGGCUUUGAGGACUAUUUCCUUUAUCCUAGGAGCUUUCGUAGUGUGUUGGACGCCGUACCACAUAUUCGCGCUGGUAGAGGGGUUCUGCACUGAACCGCCGUGUAUCAACGGUCAUAUAUAUAUGUUUUCCUACUUUUUAUGCUACGCUAAUAGUCCUCUGAAUCCUUUUUGUUAUGCUUUGGCCAAUCAGCAGUUCAAGAAAACUUUCACUAGGAUUUUAAAGGGAGACCUUCACAUGACUUAG